CCUCCAAAGUGAGAAGGUAUACUACCUACAGAAGAACCCCAAUCAGCUCCUGGACAUGCUGGGGAAGCUGUUUGUAUUUUCUUUCAUCUGGAGUAUUGGAGGUAUGUUCAAGCUCCAGGAGGAUGCUGAUGAUUACGACAUGAUCAGGCGGGGCCAGGACAAGGGGGAGAGGGAUGCCAAUAUCUGUAACGAGUGUGAUAACUUCAUGCAUGAGUUAUUUGAAGUGGAACCACCACUUGGUAUAAGAUUGCCAACAGGAAACAAGGUUAUUUAUGCCUACUUCAUUGAUAUGGAGUCUGGUAACUUUGUAUCGUGGGAUGUCCUGGUGCCAAACACCAAGUCUCUGAUAGAGAAAGGAGCUGUCAUAACUAUAGGGGAGACAAUGGGGGUUUCUGGGGGGCACAAGAAGAAAAGAGAGGAGGCUGAGAUUACCCCCACUGUGGACCACAUUCAAUUCUCCUUCCUGUCUGGACUUCUGCUGCUGCACAAACAUCCUGUGCUGCUUACAGGAGAAUCUGGAGUUGGCAAGUCGUCCAUUAUUAACCACAUGUUAGGCAGACUGGGACAAGAUGGUGCAACAUCCACUAAGAGUGGCACUGUGCUGGGUCAGAUCCUCAGCUACUCAGACAAGACCAACACGCUACUGGAGAGUAUCUCGAAACUCACAGAAAUGGACAACAAUGACGAGUCCAAAUGUAUCAAUGUCCUUCUGGGAACGGCCAAACCUAAAAGUUCUGCUGGUGUGAUCAUUUUUGUGUUUCAGUUCUCAGCUCAGAUGACAGCAGCUAGACUUAAGGCUCACAUCAUGCAUAAACUCAUCAAGAAGGGCAAGGACACUCUGGGGGCUCCCCGGGGGAAAAAGGUGCUGGUGUUUGUGGAUGAUUUGAACAUGCCGGCCCCUGAAGUAUAUGGAGCCCAGCCACCCCUAGAGUUACUGAGGCAGUUCUUGGAACUUGGUGGAUUUUAUCAUGCUGGGAAAGCUCAUCUUGUAUGGGAGGAUAUUUAUGACGUCCAUGUGGUGGCAGCCUGUGGACCACCAGGUGGAGGCAGGAACCCCAUCCAUCCAAGGCUCCUAAAACACUUCAG